AUGACCACGCCACUAAAAAUCAUCGCUGUGAAUGCCCGAUCUGUCAAGAGACGGCACCUCGACUUCGUUGAGAUGGUAAACAGCGGCCAUCCUGACUUAAUCGUCGUCAACGAGUCUAAGCUGAAAGAAGGUCAAUGCUUCGAAUUGCCAGGAUACUGCUCCCUUGACCUGAAAUGGAGAAAUAACUCUACGCCUGGGACUGGGACGACUAUCUACUACCUGCAAAAUCUCAAGACACGUAACCUCAAGACUAUCGAACGGAACCUAUGCGAAUUUAUCUCGCUAGAGAUUAAAACCCAGCGCUUUUGGUUAAAAGUGGGCGGAAUAUAUUGCAAAAACCUUGCUCCAUGCAUCGGUCUUAUCGAAGACUUCUUUGUCAGCUCAAAUCAUUGCCUCUUCAUCGGUGAUCUAAACUCCAAACACACGGCAUUUGGUUGUCGCGUGACCAAUCGGGACGGCCGGUUACUUGAAAGAGCGGCAGGUAGGCUAGACGUCUGUGUCCGCACCUCGAAAGCCCGGAACCACCGCUCCCCAUUCGGCUGGGACAACCUUUGCGUAGCACUGAGCACUCAAUCAGUCGCGAAUCUUAUGGGAGAACCAAUAGUACUCGACGAUAUUGGGAGCGACCACCUGCCAAUGCAGGUCUGUGUCCACGUCUCGGUAGACACCCAAAUCCGUUGCCCACCACGAUACACCCUUUCGAACAUCAACUGGGCGCACUACCGUUAUGCUCUGAACUUGUUCUUUCGCAACAACGUACGCCCAGGCAGCUAUCAAUCUACCUCGGACAUCGACAACUCGGGCGCCGAAUUGACGGACUUCAUGCGACUCUACUUGGAAGCCCACGCUAGGAGGGUGUGCCCAACUAGCAAGGGCAUUACACAUCAAAACCCCAAACUUCUCCAACUUCUGGGCGAAAAGAAACGCCUGCGAAACAAGCUCAAACGCUGUGCCGACCCAACGGACCAAGGUACCCUAAGGUCGGAAAUCUCUCUGCUCAACCACAAAAUUGAACUCACAAGAAAGAAAGAUCUUGAGAGGAUGUGGAAGAAGGCCUGCUCUGGUCUUAAUCACAGGAACCCAAACUUCUGGAUAGCCUACAACAGACUCUUUAAUCAUCUCGUGAACUCUCCGGCACCAGAAUUAUCGAACUCAGCUGGAAUGCCUGCGUCGGUGGAGGAAAUCCCCAACAUAUUUGCUGAUCACCUGGACCGUCCUCUGCCGGACCAUGAGGAUCGCUGGGGAAACUCACAUGCCAGUCAUAUAGACCAAGCAGACUCCCUAUCUGUUGACCAUCACCCAAUCACCGCCGCUGAG